AUGGCUGUUUAUGCUGCUUUAAUUAAUGUCAUUCCAAAAUUGGGUUAUGAUAGUUUAAGAUCUUUACAAGUUAAAGUUAUAACUUCUUUAGUGACUGGAAUUGACAUUUUUGCUGUUUUGCCCAUGGGUUAUGGCAAAAGCCUUUGCUAUUUAGUGUUACCUCUACUCCAUGAUAUAUUGGGCUCAGCUGAAGAUGAUCACAGUAUUAUUGUAGUAGUCAAUCCAUUAAAGGCACUGUUAGAAGAUCAGGUUUGUAGUAGUAGUAAAAGAAGAGUGAAGUCAGCCUACAUAUGUGAAGAUACAAAGGAAGAUAAGAGAAUGAAAGAGGGAGUGCUAAAGGGAGACUAUCAGAUUGUUUAUUUCACGCCAGAGUCAUUGUUGGGUUCUAAGAAGUUGAGAGUUAUAGGUAAUGUUUACAGUAAGAGACUUAAGACUAUUGUUUUUGAUGAAGCACAUUGUCUCAAUAAAUGGGGAGAAUCAUUCAGAGAUAUGUUACUUCAUGUAGGAGAAAUUUGCAGCCUCAUUCCUCCUCAUGUUAGUGUACUUGCAUUGACUGCUACCAUAUCUUGUUCAUCUCGUGAGGAGGUACAAAGCUUAUUCUUUGGUUUCUUGAAAGAUGAAUGCUUCCUUUUUAAUGUAACUUGUGGAGACAUGACUUGA